AUGCCUGGAAUUCUGCCUAUGAAGGUUAUCAAGGUCGGGACGAGUUCCCAGAGCCGGAUCGCCCAGGCUUGUGACCGAUGUCGCAGCAAGAAGAUCAGAUGUGACGGGAUUCGGCCCUGCUGUUCACAAUGUGCCAGUGUUGGAUUCGAAUGCAAAACAAGCGAUAAGUUGAGCCGCCGCGCAUUUCCGCGGGGCUACACGGAGUCUUUGGAGGAAAGGGUACGGUCCUUGGAAACCGAAAUUCGAGAGAUGAAAGACCUUUUGGACGAGAAAGACGAGAAAAUCGACAUGCUUUCGAGAAUUCGCUCUCCUUCUGCACGCCUGCCGCCCCAACAACCAUCGCCUGUGAUACCUACGACAACUGCUUCCCCCCCGAUAUCGACUGCAGAAAAGGACAGUGACGCUCAUACUGAUGGUGACACCUUCUGGGUUCAUCAACCCUCGCCCCUAUGUGAAGACGAAGAGAGAGAUCCUUACUUUGCUGGCCUUUCCGCUGGAAGGACUCUUGUUGAGAGCUUUAAACGCGAAGCUCGUCAGACUGGCAAACUCAGCAUGGAUUUCAACUCUAGCGCUCUAUUUGACGAAAGCUCUCCAAUCUCAGUUCGGACCGAAGGCUCUGAAUCCAUUUCGACCUCGAAAGCCCCACCCCGCCUAGUAUCUGAUCAGCUGGUCAAUGUCUUCUUCCAAGAAUGGGCUCCUCUUUUCCCAGUCCUACAUCGUCCGACUUUCCUUGCACUAUACGAGAGCUACGUUGCAAAUCCUGAUGCUGUCUUGGAUAAGCACUCUAUCGCCCAGCUGCACCUGGUUUUUGGUAUUGCGGCCUUGUCCUCCGAAUCACGAAGUGAACUUUACGAUACCUCUUUUGAAGAGCAAUGGCAAACGGCAGUCGAUUCGAUUUCUCGUCAACGAACACUUGCGACCCUCCAAUGUCUUACGCUGGCCCAAUUAUUUUGUAUGGCUAAAGGUGAUUAUGAGUCACUGCUGCAUUACAAGGGACUCGCAAUUGGUCUUUCGCAGCGUCUGGGCCUCCAUCAAAGCCAUGAGCGCUUCUCUUCCAAUGCCCUAGUGUCUGAGACGAGGAAGAGGCUAUUCUGGGCGCUUUAUACUAUUGAUUGCUUUUCUUCCGCCGUGACUGGCUUGCCAAGAAUGAUGCGCGAGGAAGAUAUCCAAGCCGAAUAUCCCUGCGACGUUGACGAUGAGUACAUUACCGAAAAAGGAUUUCAGCCCACUUUACCCGGAGAAUUUACCAAAAUCUCGAGUGCUCUGGAGCUUUUCAAGGCAUCAAGGAUACUCGCAAAGGUGUUAAAGGAGAUCUAUCCAUCAUCGGCGUCGCACGAGCUCUCGCUGCAGAAGUUGCACCAGCUUGCAGAUGAAUUGGCCGGCUGGUCUAACUCCAUGCCCUCUCACUUGAAGCUGUUAUUUGUAAAGGACAAGCCUAGUACCAAUGUUAUUAGCAGUCGUUCUCCGUUGCUGUCCUUGGCAUACUAUUAUAUCCGCUCUCUGAUCUAUCUCCCUGCGAUUGGAUCGUCCGAGUUGGGAGCCAAGGCCUCCUCGUCAGUUAUUGCCCUUGGCGACGCUGGGAAACACCUUAUCCAAAUACUUCAAUUAUUGGAGGAAAGACGAUUGAGCUUCUCCUUUUGCUUGAACAAGCGCCACCUCCUCGUCCUGUCUGGUUUCGGGUUGCUUUAUCAAGAUAUCGUGUCAAAAUCGGAGAGGAAGCCGAGAAAAGACAGUCAAAAGCUGGCAUCUUGGGUUGUCGAAGUUCUUGCUCGUGGGUCUCCCAGUGCAGCUUCAGCCUUUGAAAAGGCAUCCUCUUCCGUCCGUCCCGCUCGCGACCAACCGAAAAUAAAAGGAACUUCGCGGAGAAAUUCGGAUCCCAACAUGCCGGCGUCCCACUCGAUCAGCACAUCAACCCCGAAAAGUGCUCAGGUUGCGCAGCCGCGAAUGGUAUCCGGCAAUGGUCUGUGUUCUCAAGAAGAAGCCAACCGGAGAGCGACAAUUGCAAAUUUGAGCGUCGCCGACUUUGCGCAAUCUCGAAGCCAGAGUCAAGUUAGUCUCUCAUCAAUAAACUCCGAACCCGUCCUGCAUUCUGCCGUCCAUCGUAGCCCUUCGUACAGCGCCGCAUCAACGCGUUCAACUGCUCCUAUGGAAUCCCCCAAUCUAGACUUUCUGGCUUUCCAGGCCGAACCUGUGACCGACCCGCGUCAGGCUCCGCGAAAGCUGGGGCUUUCAACUUCUGAGUGGGAACAGCUCCUUGGCUCAAUCGACAAUGGUCAAGCCAACAUUUAUGACAACAUCUAUGGAGGACCACCGGUUGACGGCAUUGUUGACGCAAAUAUUCCUGCUUCUACCGGCGUUGAAUCAUACCCCGGCUGGUCGUCGGAGUUUUGGGGCAUGUGGGAUUCGAGUUGUCCUCCUGCAGCUCAGAGCGUCCUAAGCUUUUCCGAAGAAAGUCUAACGAGCGGAGAAGAAUUAAGCCAUUGUGAUCCCGGCUCAGUCGGUGCCUCAGGACCAGACGCGUGCCCGGGUAUACUCAUCCCCGCCGAUGGCGCCGGCGAAGGAUUUGGCUUUGAAGGACUCGAGGAGACUUUGCGGGUCUGA